CUUACACUACAAUGCCCCGCCAGCAGGUGGCGCAACUGAGACUGACUGGUUUAGUAGUGCAGUCAUCACAGCAGGGCCCCACAGUCAAAGCACUACUGGGUGUGGGUGGCUCAAGAGGCUAUCACAGCGUAGGGGCAUGUAUCGAGAGGAGGGAGGGAGAGAGAGAAAAAGUUAUGCUGCUGUAGACAUGGACCUACGCUCAGAGCUCCUCAAGUCUAUUUGGUAUGGUUUCACUGCUCUGGAUCUUGAGAAGAGUGGGAAAGUGUCCAAGUCUCAACUCAAGGUUCUGUCCCAUAACCUGUGUACGGUUCUGUCCAUCCCCCACGACCCAGUGGCUCUGGAAGAGCACUUCAGGGAUGAUGAUGAUGGACCGGUCUCCAGCCAGGGGUACAUGCCUUACCUCAACAAAUACAUACUUGACAAGGUAGAAGAGGGCUGUUUUGUCAAGGAACAAGUAGAUGAGCUUUGCUGGACUCUCACUGCUAAGAAGAACUACAAGCCGGGGAAGGACAAUAAGAGCGUGUUGCCAGGGAAGGAUGCCUUUAGUCUCUGGUGCCUGUUUAACUUUCUGUCAGAGGACAAAUACCCUCUGAUUAUGGUCCCAGAUGAGGUGGAAUACCUGCUCAAGAAGAUGUGUAUGGCCAUGAGUGUUGAGCUCAACUGUGUGGAGCUGGAGGACUUCAUCUCCAAGGAUACAGUGCAGCAGAAUGGUUUCACUGUCUGGUCCUUCCUGGACAUGAUGAACUCUGGGAAGGUAACUAGAGGCAUGGACCAGGAAAUCACCAGCAUGGCCAUAGAGGAGGUGUACAGGGAGAUCGUCGGUGAUGUCCUCAAAGAGGGGUAUCUUUGGAAGAAGGGUCAGCUGAGGAGGAAUUGGAAGGAGCGCUGGUUCACCCUGAGGCCCGGUACCCUGGCCUACUACACCAGCGAGGACCGCAAGGAUCGCCAGGGAAACAUCCCUCUGGACAGGGACUGCUGUGUGGAGGUUCUGCCAGACAGAGAUGGGAAGAGGUGUAUGUUUUGUCUGAAAACUCUCUCCAAGACCUAUGAGAUGAGUGCCUCAGACACCAAGCAGAGACAGGAAUGGACAGCAGCCAUUCAGACAGCCAUCCGUCUACACACUGAAGGGAAGACCUCUCUCCACAAGGACCUGAAGCUGAAGAGGAGGGAGCAGAGGGAGCAGCGGGAGAGGAGGCGGCUGGUCAAAGAGGAGGAGCUGCAACGUUUUCGGGCCCUCCAGGAGGAGAAGGAGCGUAAGCUGGCCGAGCUGGAGCUCCUGAAGGAGGCACAGAGGCAGGCCCAGGCUCUCCUGGAACAGGACGAGAUGAGGAGGCGUCAGCAGCAUGAUGAGAUGCAGCGGGCCCUGGAGGUGCAGCUCCGUGAGGCAGAGGAGUCGCGGGCCAGUAUGCAAGCAGAGAUGAUUCUGAAGGAGGAGGAGGCGGAGCGGCAGAGGAAGAGGAUCAAGGAGCUGGAGGGGUUGCAGACGAGUCUGGAGGAGGCCUUGCACCAGGAGAUCAAGGCCAGACAGGACGAAGAGGUCUUUAGAUACGCACAGACUGGUUUGCUGUCUGAGGAGGAAGAGAAGAUGAAGGCCCUGAUGGCCCUCCAGGACGAGCAGGAGGAGUACAUCCGGAAGACCCAGAGAGAGAAGCAGGAGCUGAGGCAAGAGAUGGAGAACAAGACCCGGGCUCUGGAGGAGGCUCAGCGGCAGCUGGAGGAGGUCAGGGCCAACCGACACCGGGUCGACCAGGACGUUGUGGCUGCCCAAAGGAAGCUUCGUCAAGCCAGCACCAACGUCAAGCACUGGAAUGUUCAGAUGAACCGGCUGAUGAGUCCAGUUGGACCAGGAGAGAAGAGAUCUUCUGGAGGCUCGUUCUCCCGUUUCCAGAUCCCUUCUCAGAGAGAUCCCGGCCUGCGUCUGAGACAGCGGUCAGAGGAGCAGGAUGACGAGAGCAAGGAGAACGUGGACAGCAGUGGUGCAGGGUUAGGCUGUGAAGGAGAGAGACGUCUCUCACAGACCUCUAACGGAGGCAUGGACAUCCCCUGAGAGGAUAUGGUUCUUCUCCUCUAGAAGGGAAAACUGUGUUACCAACUGUGUUUCGUUUGUGGUUUUUGUAAUGGAAAAGGUGGAAAGACUGAGCGAGUAUGAAUUCAUCUUUUAGGUGGUGUCAAUGUGAACGUUCUGUCUAGUUGACGGAAAAGCAUGGAUGGGAUAAAGGAAUUGUCAAGAUACAUGAUGUUAAUAUUUUAAAUAUUCUUCUCCCACCAAGUUGCUAGUAAACAAUUAGAUGUAUCAUUGGUAGUAAAUGUAUUAUGUCAAUAGUAUUCCAUCACAGCAUCUCACGGUAUGUUGAUAACAAGUCUCCAUGUUUUAAUGAAGAACAGAAUAACCACAAGUGUUUGUUUUGUUGUUGAGAAUUUCGUCUGAAAGAUCACAAGAUGAAGAUUUCUUUCAUCUCACAAAAUGAAUUCUGUAAAUAUAUUUACUAAAUGAGUCUA